AAAAAAAAAAAUGAUGAGCUGUGAGACCGACUGCGGGCCCUACACAGCCCCAGGAGACAGUGCACAGCUCAUUUGCUUACAUUUGCAGCUGACGGCUGCCACCUCUCUAGAGGCGCCUGGCAGAGAGCCUCUCAACAUCAGAUUGUGACCAGUCUGGAGACCUGCAGCCACAGCCAUGAACUACCCACUCACCCUGGAAAUGGAAUACAUGAACUUGGAGGACCUGUACAAGGAAAUGGACAGCUACAAUGACAGCACAGACGCCUCUGUGGUGGAAAAUCACCUCUGCCUGACAGCGGAAGGGCCCCUGCUGACCUCCUUCAAGGCCGUGUUCGUGCCUGUGGCCUACAGCCUCAUAUUCCUCCUGGGUGUGACGGGCAACAUCCUGGUGCUGGUGAUCCUGGAGCGUCACCGGCAGACGCGCAGCUCCACCGAGACCUUCCUGUUCCACCUGGCGGUGGCCGACCUCUUACUCGUCUUCAUCCUGCCCUUUGCUGUGGCCGAGGGCUCUGUGGGCUGGGUCCUGGGGACCCUCCUCUGCAAAACUGUCAUUGCUCUGCACAAGGUCAACUUCUACUGCAGCAGCCUGCUCCUGGCCUGCAUCGCUGUGGACCGCUACCUGGCCAUCGUCCACGCCGUCCACGCCUACCGCCACCGCCGCCUUCUUUCCAUUCACAUCACCUGCGCAACCAUCUGGCUGGCGGGCCUCCUCUUCGCCUUGCCGGAGAUUCUCUUCGCCAAGGUCAGCCAACCCCAUUACAACAACUCCCUGCCACGCUGCACCUUCUCCCAAGAGAACCAAGCUGAGACCAACGCCUGGUUCACCUCCCGCUUCCUCUACCACGUGGGGGGAUUCCUGCUGCCGAUGCUAGUGAUGGGCUGGUGCUACGUGGGGGUGGUACACAGGUUGCGCCAGGCCCAGCGGCGCCCUCAGCGCCAGAAGGCAGUCAGGGUGGCCAUCCUGGUGACGAGCGUCUUCUUUCUCUGCUGGUCACCCUACCACAUCGUCAUCUUCCUGGACACCCUGGCGAGGCUGAAGGCCGUGGACAACAGUUGCGAGCUGAAUGGUUCUCUCCCCGUGGCCAUCACCAUGUGUGAGUUCCUGGGCCUGGCCCACUGCUGCCUCAACCCCAUGCUCUACACUUUUGCCGGCGUGAAGUUCCGCAGUGACCUGUCUCGGCUUCUUACCAAGUUGGGCUGUUCUGGCCCUGCCUCGCUGUGCCAGCUUUUCCCUAGUUGGCGCAAGAGCAGUCUCUCUGAGUCAGAGAAUGCCACCUCCCUCACCACCUUCUAG